AUGAAUCAUGACGAGCACUUACAACCGCACCGUCAAGUUGCGGGUAUAAGACGCUAUCGAUCCAAGUCGCAAAGACCAUGCGAUUUGUGUCGCGCUCGAAAGGUGCUAUGCAACAUCCCUGAUCCGACGCGUCCAUGCCAGCUUUGUGAUCGCACCGGACGCGAUUGUACGUUUGUUGGCAAUCCGAAUAAGAAGCCGAGGGAUAGUCGGACAAGGCGGACCGACUCCGAUGGUGGGGGGACUCCGAUUGUUGUACCGCAGCCGGAACAGCCGCUCACGCAGGAUGUUGGUGUGUAUGAGACGCUGCGCAUGCCAGAUGGUGAGAAGAGACCCGAUCUCAAAGAGGUCCAAUCAUCCGUAAUUGAGCCAGGGCUAGAUCUGACCCCGCUAGAUGGCACAGUAUCCCAGUCCAUCUUCUCACCGGGCGGCGGAAUCAACUGGGACCUAUCAUUCGAUCAGCAUGGAAUAGAUGGCGGCGACCAGCCGUUUGACUUCUUCGCCAACGGUGAACUUCCUAAUCUAGAGCCCCUCGAUGAUCCAACGCCCUCAGACGAUUACGGAGACAUUGCCAUCGCCACCCCUGGCAGAACAACGGAACUUCCCGCCAGCCCAAAAGCCCUUUUCGAGCGUCUUUCAUUCGACCAACGGCCAGACCACUCAACAUCACUAAUUGGGUUCUCUAACGAGUCAGAUCCGUUUUCCCUCCACCAUUUUCCGUAUUCGAGUAGUGACGAAGUCGACUUUUAUCGCGUUGCAUAUCGAAGGCAACAGCACCCCCAAGAUCAUGCGUUCCCGGCGAAUCCUCCCAUUCAUUUUUUGCAGAGUCAAACGGGGACUGCUAUCGAAAGCCAAAAGAUUGUCGACAAGUGUAUGUCCUCCCUAGGUGAUCGAGUACAUCUCGACAAAUUGGUCGACCGAGAAACGGGCAUGGCUCUAGUAAAACUCUACUUCAGAUUUGUCUUCGAAUCCCUACCCAUCUUGUCUCGCUCUCUCGUCUUUGAAGACUUGAACAAGUUUGUCGCAGAAGCAUCAACCGGCGUACUAGCAGGUAUCUACGCCCUCGCAUUGCCCUUCACCCCCUGGGACGAAAAGCUCUGUCUCGACAGCGCAUAUUUCAAGCCCAACGUCAAUGAUCUUUGGCAAGUCUCCUACACCUGCCUGCAAAAGGAGCUUCACUUUCCCCGUCUCUCCACAAUCCAGAUAUUCCUUCUCCUUCUCAAUCACACUCCCUUUGACGUAGUCGUCGUCGAGAACCCCUUUGUAUGGUCAUUGGCAGCUUCGAUGCUGGCCAUGGCACAGUCACUUGGCUUGAAUGUCAACUCAACUGGAUGGAGGUUGCCAGCGUGGGAGAUUCGCCUUCGAAGGAGAUUAUGGUGGAGUGUUUUCGUCGAGUAUACUUGGCGAGCAGUGACCCACGGUCGAUCUUCCAUGAUAUCUGACGACGACUGGGAUGUCUCGCCACUUACAUCUGCCGACUUUACUAUUGAUCCUACAGCCAAUCUGCCAGAGAGCAUUCGAGACCAGUCUCUAGACUAUUUCAUCCAUCUGUGCUCACUGACCGAGAUCACAAGUGGUGUUUGUCGACAAUUCUUCUCCCUUCGUGCCGUGUCCCGGCCUCAAGUUCUUGAGUCCCUCCUAGAACAGGCACGCGGUCCCCGCCAGCAGCUACUCAAAUGGCUGGAGGACCUCCCAGAAUCUCUAGCCCUCAGACCAGAGCCGAGUGAUAGUGAUGCAGAUGACUCAGUCAAGAGUCACAGAUCCCUCUACGUUGCGUAUUACACCACGCAUAUUCUCGUUCUACGAGCAUUACUACGUCCAAUCAUUGACAGCAACACUCAGCUCAAUCAUGUACAAUCUUCCGUGGAAACAGUCCUACAGGCAUGUCGUGGCCUCAUCCAAACAGUCAUCAAGUUCAUACGUGGCUUGGAUGCAAGGCACCAAUCGGCAUUCUGGCCCGCAUAUACACGGAACUGUCUAGCAUAUCCCGGACUAUUCUGUUACAUGCUCUGCCUACAGAAGAGGCAGCCUGAAAUGACGUCGUACGACCAGAACCUUCUCGCAACAUGGAGAAAAACUCUGCGUACUCGGAUGCAGUCCUGGCCGUUCCUACGAUUCGCUAUCGUCAAGGUUGACGCUAUUUAUUGGAAGAAGCUGUACCAAGACAAAAACUGA